GGGAACCGGGACCGGGGAACCGGGACCAGGGCCCGGCAGGACAGCUCGGCUCGGGUCCGGCAGGGCCUGAGGCGUUCGGGUCCGGGGGCCCUCAGCAGGACCGGCCCGGCCCGGCCUGAGACUCGGGGGAGGGGGGUCUGGUCUGUCAGACCCCAGCCUUGAUCAGAGGAGGCACCAAGAUAUCCAGAGGGAUAGAGCCCCUUUUCCUGUGAGGAAAGGCUGGGAGAAUUGGGAUUAUUCAGCCUGGAGAAGCGAAGGCUCGGGGUGACCUAAUAGUGGUCGUCCAGUACCUGAAGAGUACUUAUAGAAAAGAUGGGGCAACACUAUUUAAAAGGACCUGGAGUGACAGGACAAGGGGGAACGGGUUCAAAUUGAAAAAGAGCAGGUUUAGAUUAGAUGUUAGGAAGAAAUUCUUCCCUAUGAUGGUGGUGAGGCCCUGGCACAGGUUGCCCAGGGAAGCUGUGGCUGCCCCAUCCCUGGAAGUGUUCAAGGCCAGGUUGGACAGGGCUUGGAGUAACCUGGGAUAGUGGAAGGUGUUCCUGCCCAUGGCAGGGGGUGGAAUGAGGUGUUCUUCAAGGUCCCAUUCCAACCCAAACCGUUCUGGGAUUCUAUGAGCCUGCCCUUGUGAGGCCAGAGGAGGCCUGGGGGGUGUGCUGAGCUCUCACUAUGAAUGCCAUCGUUGCCCUCUGCCAUUUCUGUGAGCUCCACGGCCCUCGCACUCUCUUCUGCACGGAGGUUCUGCACUCGCCGCUGCCCCAGGGCGCGGGCAGUGGGGACAUCUCUGGGCAGAAUGAGCAGGCGGAGGAGGAGGAAGGUGGGAUCCAGAUGAGCAGCCGGAUCCGCUCGCACAGCCCGGCAGAAGGGGCCAGCGCCGACUCCAGCAGCCCAGGGCCAAAGAAGUCAGACAUGUGUGAGGGCUGCCGCUCUCUUGCAGGAGGACACCCAGGAUAUGUCAGCCACGACAAGGAAACCUCCAUCAAGUAUGUCAGUCACCAGCACCCCAACCACCCCCAGCUGUUCAGCAUCGUGCGCCAGGCCUGCGUCCGCAGCCUCAGCUGUGAGGUCUGCCCAGGACGUGAAGGCCCUAUUUUUUUCGGAGAUGAACAGCAUGGGUUUGUGUUCAGCCACACCUUCUUUAUCAAAGACAGCCUGGCUCGAGGUUUCCAGCGCUGGUACAGCAUCAUCACUAUCAUGAUGGACCGGAUUUACCUCAUCAACUCCUGGCCUUUCUUGUUGGGAAAAAUUAGAGGCAUCAUUGAUGAGCUGCAGGGCAAAGCACUGAAGGUGUUUGAGGCAGAGCAGUUCGGGUGCCCUCAGCGUGCCCAGCGCAUGAACACGGCCUUCACUCCCUUCCUGCACCAGCGGAACGGGAACGCCGCCCGCUCCUUGACGUCCCUGACCAACGACGAGAACCUGUGGGCAUGUCUGCACACUUCCUUUGCUUGGCUUCUGAAAGCUUGUGGUAGCCGACUUACAGAGAAACUUCUGGAGGGAGCACCCACAGAAGACACCCUUGUUCAGAUGGAAAAACUUGCAGAUCUGAAAGAAGAGUCAGAAGGCUGGGAUGGUUCUGAGGAAGAAGAGAAGCCUUCUUCCCAGCCAGAUGUUGUGGAAGGGCAGGAACUGUCUAAAUGCUCACCUGAAACGUCUCUGAUGCCAGACUGCAACAGCUGGAAUGUAGCUCACAGAAGGUUGUCUGUCUUUCGCUCUCUCAGGCACAUGAGACAGGUUCUUGGGGCAUCAGCAUUCCGAAUGCUGGCUUGGCAUGUUCUGAUGGGGAACCAGGUCAUCUGGAAAGCUCGAGAUGUGGAUCUUGUCCAGUCUGCCUUUGACGUGCUACGGACGAUGCUGCCCAUCGGGUGUGUGCGGAUCAUCCCCUACAGCGACCAGUACGAGGAGGCCUAUCGGUGUAACUUCCUAGGGCUGAGCCCACACGUCCAAAUCCCACCCCACAUCCUAUCAUCUGAGUUUGCAGUCCUCGUGGAGGUCCGUGCUGCCACCCGCUCCAGUCUCUACCCGACUCUGUUUGAUGAUGAGCAGUCCCUCAACAAGUAUGAGUUUGUUGUCACCAGUGGUAGCCCUGUUGCAGCAGAUAGAGUUGGCCCAACAAUCUUAAACAAGAUCGAAGCUGCCCUGACCAACCAGAACCUCUCUGUAGAUGUUGUGGAUCAGUGCCUUGUUUGCCUGAAGGAGGAGUGGAUGAAUAAAGUGAAAGUCCUCUUUAAAUUCACUAAAGUGGACAGCAGACCCAAGGAGGAUACCCAAAAACUGCUGAGCAUUCUGGGAGCUGCAGAGGAGGACAACGUCAAGCUUCUCAAGUUCUGGAUGACCGGCCUGAGCAAGACGUACAAGUCCCACCUGAUGUCAACAGUUCGCAGCCCAACGUCCUCAGAGUCCCGAAAUUAAAGGGUGCCCAACCUCCCCUGCUGCCUUCAGAGCAGGGAACCCCGAGUUACCUCUGCUGAGCCUGCAGCACGUGCUUUAGGUGGAUGGUGCAGCUCCAGCACUGUCCUCCCGUCCUCAAACCAACUUGAAGAGUGACUUGAGUCUUUUCUAAUUGCUGUGAGACUGGACUAAUAAGUGCUAAUACACAGUGCUGCUCUCUGUCUGAAACUCAACUCUCAAUCUAUACCUGCACACUCCAGACUAAAACACAGCAACGCUCAAAGAAUCAGUGUGAAUUAAUUAAAAUCCCAUCCUGUCCUCGUCAGGCAUUCUGGUGCGGCAGCAGACCUCAGAUCUAGAUUCCUUGGCAAGACUCAGAUGCCUAUGACAACAUCCAGAGCUCCUGGGAUUGGAUAUGGUUAAUCUCAGCAAAUCCCACAUAAAUCUCCAAAAUGCCUGAGAGAACAAGAACCAAAAAAAAAAAGAGACGUCACAGGGUGUGGAUCACAUGUAAAUUAUUUCAAACCACUUUAUGCUCAGAUUUAAGAGACUAUUUUCUGCUGUAGCAUAAGUCAGGAUAUCCCAUGGGAGUCCUGUCACUCCUCUCUAUUUAUUUAUAUCUUAACUUGAGAAGGUUUCAGCAUUUGCUUUGGAAAUCUUGUCUGGGAGGGCGAAUUGUAAAAUAAGAAGUCUCAAAAUGCAGCCUGCUUUCCUCUCAGAGGGUAAAAUACUUGCCUUGUUUUGCCUGUGGUUGCAGAACUUCCAGGUAAUGAAGAUACACCCUCACCAGGAUAAGGUUCUGGAGUUCUUCUGUCUUCAGAAGUAGUUUUUUAGCUUCCUAAUUAAGUUAAGCAGAAGAGAUUCAACCUGUAGGUGCUCCCUUAUAUAACUCUAUAGUAGCCAUUUUUGCUUAAUAGUUCAUGGAAACAUUGGUGCAUUUUUUAAUUACCUAAACAGAUAUUCCUUAUCUGUACUGUAAGGAAUCACUGUUUCUGUUGUGAAGUCUACAGUUUAUGUCUUUUUUUGGUUUUUCUGGAUCAUUAUUGGGAAAACUUGACAUUACCACAGACAUUCUGACCAAGCUAAAGGCAGGUUUUACCCAGGUGACCUUCUACACUCAUUCAAGCUCAGAGAGGAUGUUCCAACUUGUCACGAAUUCUGUUCUUAUAUAUAAAAUAUGCAGGUUGAUUUUUGUCUGGAACAUCUGUAAAAUGGAGACAGGCAUUAAAUCUCAUAAGAGCUAUUUUUGUAAAAGGAACAAA